AUGAAUCUCCAUCAUCAUCAGCGAUUUCCCCGGAUUCUAUUCCUGUCCAUAACCUUAACAACCCUCUGCUCGCUCCAAUUCCCAAUCCCCACGGCGGCCGGAAAAGACAGAGUACCGACGCCGCCGCUGCCGGUCCUGCCGCUCCCCUCCUUCUCGCAGCUGAAAUGGCAGCAGAGGGAGCUGAUAAUGUUCCUCCACUUCGGCGUCAACACCUUCACCGACUCCGAGUGGGGCACCGGCCACGAAUCCCCUUCCAUCUUCGACCCCGCCGGGCUCAACGCCGGUCAGUGGGUCAGCACCGCCGCCGCCGCCGGCGUCUCCCUCGUGAUUCUGACGGCCAAGCACCACGACGGGUUCUGCCUCUGGCCGUCGAAGUACACCGACCACUCCGUCGCGUCCAGCCCCUGGAAGGGUGGGCGCGGGGAUGUGGUUCGCGAGCUCGUCGGCGCCGCCGAGGCCCACGGCGGCGUCGACGUCGGGCUUUACCUCUCGCCGUGGGACCGCCACGAUCGGCGGUACGGCAAGAAUUUGGAGUACAAUGAGUAUUACAUGGCGCAACUGCAGGAGCUUCUUACCAAGUACGGCGACGUGAGGGAGAUAUGGUUCGACGGAGCAAAAGGCUCGAACGCGCCGAACAUGUCGUACGACUUCGCCGACUGGUUCGCGAUGGUGAAGGAGUUGCAGAGCUCCAUCAAUUUGUUCUCCGACGCCGGCCCCGACGUCAGGUGGGUCGGAAACGAAAAAGGGUUCGCCGGAACGACCAGCUGGUCCACCAUCAAUCGGACGGCGCUGUCCAUCGGAAACGAUAGCAUUGUUGACUACCUAAACACAGGAGACCCAAGAGGAACGGACUGGCUGCCGGCAGAAUGCGACGUCUCCAUUCGAACAGGCUGGUUCUGGCACAAGUCACAAUCCCCCAAGAAGCUCAGCGACCUGCUCGAGAUCUACUACAACUCCGUCGGCCGGAACUGCCUCCUGCUCCUCAACGUGCCCCCGAACACCACGGGGCUCAUCUCCGACUCCGACGUCAGGAGACUCCGAGAGCUCCGAACCGCGAUCGACACCAUCUUCACCACCAACUUGGCUACGGAGUGCCCUGCGAAAGCUAGCAGCGUAAGGGGAGGGAAAGGCGGCGGGUUUGGGCCUGAAAAUGUGUUGGACAAGGACCAUCUGUGGACGUAUUGGGCCCCCAGCGAUAGGGAAUUGGGUCGUGGGCAUUACUGGAUCGAGAUCAACUGUGGUGGGCCGGUGAAGUUUAACGUGGUGAGAGUUCAGGAGGCGAUCGGUUUGGGGCAGAGGAUAAAACGACAUGAGAUUUAUGUGGACGGAGAGAAGAUUGCGAAUGGAACGACGGUCGGGUACAAGAGGCUUCACAGGCUUGAGAAGGGCGUGGUCGGAGGGCGGCGCGUGAGGGUUAAGGUGUUGGAAUCUAGGGGCGUGCCUUUGGUGUCUUCUUUUGGCCUCCACUAUGACCCUUAUUGGCAUUCCACGUGGCAAUGA